AAACUGGCGUCAAUUUAAGUUUUGAGUGGUUUGUUUUUGUUUUCAUCUACUUUUAAUAAAGUUCUUUUGAUCAUACCUUCUAAAUUUAUUGUUUUCAAAAGGAAACCAUUUUAAAAAACAAAGAUAUCCUCAAUGAAGUGAAACUAAGAGCAAUAUAAUUCGAAUUAUUUAUAUAAUUGGUAUAUCAAGGAGGAUUGACUGUACUCGAGAAAUAUUGAAGCAUCUACUUUGUUUAAGCUGGAGGCACCAUGGAUCCAGUAUCUGAAGAAUAUUUUUAUACUAUUGAAGUAGUAAAAAAAGAGUUAGAAUCAUUUAGACAAAACAAUCUGAAAGAGAAGAUUUUAAGUCUUUAUCAGAAAAAUAAAAUCUUGAUCAAUGAGUUAAGAGAAAGUACAUUCCGCAGAGAUCUAUCAGGCAAUGAUAAUGAACGUCUAUCAUUGGCUAUUGCUGCUAAGGAAACUGCAAUACUCUUGUGGCAGGAAGCAAUGCAACAGCUGGAAAACUUGGAGGAGCAAUUGAUUGGUAGGAGGAGUUUAGUAGAAACAGAAGGCAAGGAAUUUGCCAUAGGUAUUGGACAAAUCAAAGAACAGUAUCAGAAAGGCAUGAUGACGUUAUCUGCCGAAUUAUCCAAUUUCAGGUCAAGCUUAUCUGACAUAAAGCAAAAGCUUGAAAAUAAAUCCUUUGAAUUAGAAGAGAAGAAAGUUGAGUUCAAAAAGAUAAAAGAGGACUUCCUUUCUAGCCAGGCUGAGUUAUCUGUGUUAUCAUUAAAGAAUGUAGAACUUCAAGAGAAGCUUAGCUCCCUUCAGCAAGCAUUAGAUGGAAAGAGCAACUUGUUAUCAAUUACUGAAAAAGAACUCGACAAAGUGAAUUCUGUUAAUGAUGAGCUUUCAUCUGUUGCUGCUGAUUUAAAAGAACAAAAUAAAAAAUUGAAAUAUGAUCUCUCUGUUUUGGAAAAAGAUGCAAAAGAAAGUUUAUUUGCUGCCCAGGAGGCUAUUUUACAGAAAAAAGAAAUUACCUAUAAAGAGGAACAGUAUAUCAAAGAUAUCGAAAUGUUGAGGUCUUCGGGUGGAAUUGAUGUGCAGAGAGUUGAGUUGAGGUGUAACCAGAAGAUCCAUGAAAUACAAGAGCUGAAUUCGGAACGUGUAAAAUCCUUGAUGGCAGAAAUCGAGGAAUUGCAUAACGAAAAUGGCGUGAAACAAAGCUUAUUUGAGAAAGCAGAGCGAGAAAAAAAAGCACUUGAAUCGAAAUUGGAACUUUUAAGUGCAGAAACUUCAAAUAGUUUUCCUGGUACGGUGUUGGACGACCUGUGCAAUCGUCUGGUUUCAGCUGAAAAAGCAAGAGAUGAAUGUGAGCUUCAAGUAAAGUCUUUGCAAUCUGAUUUAGAUGAAAUGAAAUCCAAUAAAGAGCAAGAGGCCAAGAGAUAUGCGGAAGAAAAGAAUAUUUUAAAAGAACGAUUAGUAAAUGUAUCGAAAGAAUUCCAUCAGUUUUUAUCUGACAAACUGAAACUAAAUGAAGAACUGUGCAGCGUCCAGAAAAAAUGCCAGGAGUUGGAAAAAGAGUUGACUUUCAAACGAGCUAGGCAAGCGCAAGAAAUUACGGCCGUCAAAAGCGAGGCUGAUCGCACACGAGAAUCAUUCGAUGAAAUGUUGCAUUUAGUUGAACAACACUACAAAACAGUUUGCAAAGAAUUGCAUACGUUAUUAGAAUCCCAGUUCAAAAUCAAUAAAAGAUGGAAAACUGAAUCAGAGGAGUUAAUUUCCAAAUUUGAAUCUAAAGUAAUAGAACUCUGUGAUACCAUAGCUCAACUUCAAUAUCAAAACACUGAAUUAGUCGCUGCCUUACAACAAAACAGUUCAUAUAGGCAAAAUAACCAUUCAUUUAAUGGAUCUUGAGCAAAUAUUACUCUAACACAAGAAAUAACGAGCUUCAAAAAAUAAUAGAACUCUGUGAUACCAUAGCUCAACUUCAAUAUCAAAACACUGAAUUACUUUCUGCCAUACAAGAAAACAGUUGAAAUAUUGCUUAAAAUCUUUAAAUAUAUCAUUUAUUUUAAGAUAAUAAUUCAUUUAUUUUUGAUUAAUUCAUUAUUUUUGAAAAUGAAGUAAU